UUUGCUUGUUUGUCUAGUUGUCCCGACCUAACAUUGGUCCGGACGCGGGACAAACAAGCAAAUAUCGGGUCAGUCCCGAUAAAAUCGGGACCUGUGGUCACCCUGCUCCCUGCACACAGAGAGUCACGUUUCUCCCCAGACUAGAGCCCUCCCCAGACUGACACUCUCAGCCACAGCUCACGGGAACAGCAGCGAAUCAGCCAGAUCGCAGGGGGCCGCCCCAUAGGCUGAACAGAGGCCAAAGACAAGGAAAUGAAACUAACCCUGUCACGCAGCCAUGGCCGCACACAGCUCUGUACUAAGUCUCCAGGAUGAACUCUCUUGUUCCAUCUGCUUGGAGUAUUUCCAAGAUCCGGUGUCUAUCCAUUGUGGGCACAACUUCUGCCGGGCCUGCAUCAGCCAGUGCUGGGAGGAGACAGAUACAAACUUCUCCUGCCCCCAGUGCAGAGAAACCGCCCAGCAGAAGCUUUUCAGGCCCAACAGGGAGCUGGGGAAAGUUGUGGAAAUAACCAGGCAGCUGAGUUUCCAGGUCACAGUAACCGCAGGAGGGGAGCAAGGGUGUGAGACACACCGGGAGGCCCUGAAACUCUUCUGUGACACGGAUCAGCAACUAAUUUGUGUGAUCUGCAGAGAGUCGCAGGCGCACAGAGCGCACUCUGUGUUCCCAGUAGAGGAGGCGGCCCAGCAGUACAAGAAACAAUUCCAGACCCGGCUGCAGACUCUGAAGGAAGAGAGAGAAAAGCUCCUGGGGUUGAAAGUAUCAGCAGAAGGGAGAAGCCGGGAGUAUCUGGAGAAGACAGAUGCCCAGAGGCAGAAGAUCGUGUCUGAAUUUGAGCAGCUGCGCCAGUUCCUGGAGGAACAAGAGCGACUCCUGCUGGGCCAGCUGGCAGAGCUAGAGAAGGGGAUGACAAAGAUGCGGGAUGAAAAUUUCACCAAACUCUGCAAGGAGAUUUCCCGACUCAGUGAGCUGAUCCGUGAGAUGGAGGGGAAGUGCCGGCAGCCAGCAAGUGAAUUCCUGCAGGACGUCAGAAACACCCUGAGCAGCUUGUCUCCUAGGUGCAAGAAGGGGCAGUUUCAGCAGCCAGUGGAGAUUUCUCCUGAGCUGGAGAAGAGACUCUGUGAUUUCUGUCCGAAAAUCUUUGUUCUAAAGGAGACUCUGAAGAAAUUGAAAGAUACCCUGCCCUCCGAACUGGAGAGAGAAUGGGCGAAUGUGACUCUGGAUCCAGACACGGCUCAUCCCGAACUCGUCCUGUCUGAAGAUCGGAAAGGCGUGAAGCGGGGACACACGCGGCAGCAUCUUCCUUACAAUCUGGAGAGAUUUGACGCUGAGCUCUGCGUGCUGGGCUGUGUGGGGUUCACCUCGGGGCGACAUUGCUGGGUGGUGGAGGUGGGGGAUGAAGGGGGCUGGGCUGUGGGGGUGGCUAGAGAGUCUGUGAGGAGGAAGGGAGAGUUCAUCUUUCAACCCGAGAAGGGGAUCUGGGCUGUGGGGCUGUGGAGGACUCGGUACUUGGUUCUUACCUCUCCUGCGACACCCCUGUCCCUGAGCUGGGCGCCCAGGAGGAUCCGGGUCUCUCUGGACUAUACACAGGGGCAGGUGGCAUUUUUUGACGCUGAUAGUGAAGCCCCGAUCUUCACUUUCCCACCGGCCUCAUUCAUGGGGGAGCGAGUCCGCCCCUGGCUCUGGGUGGAGAUGGGAUCGCAGCUCAGGCUGUGCCCCUGAAACACGAGGUGAAAUUCACCGCUGCACCUCUCCUCCAGGCAGAGGCUCCCCCGGCACCUGGCUCCUCAUCUCUGGGACGCUGGCCAAGUGCAGGGAGCCUCUGAACUGACACAACUUUAGGUUGCUGGGUGUGAUUAGGGCAGAGAGCCCAAUCCUAUUGUCCAGACUGGUCCUAUCCACUCUGAUUCUGGAGAGCUCGGGCAGUCUGCUGGGCAGAUGGAGGGAGAGGAAUCCUGAGGGUAGGGACAAAGGUGGGGGCUGGAGAGCAGUUUUACUCCAGUGACUUCACUCCUGAUUUACACUAGGGUGGGGGAGGGGAAUCAGCCCCAGUGACUCCUGAGGGGGUCACUCCUCAUUCACACUGGAGUGAAUGAGGCCAGGAGGGAAUCACUUCCAAUGGGAGUGACUCCUGAUUGACACUGGUGUGAAUGAGAGGGGAAUCCGUCCCAAUUAUUCCAAUGGGAGACAUGGCUAGAAAAGGUUAAACAUCCCAUGUUUUUUUGUAUUUACGUAUGUAUGAGUAGGGUCUACAAUGUAAUCAACAGUCCCUGCCUAUGCUGUAUUCUGAGAAUUCAGAGGUCAAAAGAAGAGCCUAUCACUUAAAUGAAUUAUAAACAUGGGAUAUCUCAGUAUUCAUCUCUCUUUGAAAUGUACUGCGAAUGGUGGAGGAACAAGCAAAUGGCCUUGUGUUAAUUCGUAUAGCUAAGUACCUGUGAUGGACCUCCUUCAAAGUCAUCCUAAUUACCUUUUGUUCCCUGAGGAACUCCAACUUGUCAAAAGACAUGAAAUUGUACAAAAGAUCCUUGGAUCCUGAUUCUGUCAUCUCAGAUCUGCUUAGACUUCAUCAGGGGACGUUUGAGUCGCAAGAUUGAGGUCCCAGUUAUGCUGACACUCACCGAAGGUGAUAUUGGACAUUGGAGUAUAAUCUUUGAACUAUUAAUGAAAGAACUCUUUGCAACCACAGAGCUCACCAUCUCUGCCAUGAAUCUGCACCUCAAUAAAUUGAACUCAUGUCUGUCUGUAUAUUGAUCUUUUAACCAUACUCUCUCUCUUUUGUUUUUUUAAUACAUUUUAGUUUUGUUAAUAAAAAUUGGCUGUAACGUCUGUUUGGUAAAGAUCUGAAACAUGCAUUAACCUGGGACGUAAUGUGUCCGAUACUUUGGCAUUGGUAGAACCUUUUCUUUUAUAUGACGAAAUAAGAUUUACAGAAAUUUUCAUCAUAUUUGACAUGAGUACGUGGAUGGAGGCCUGAGGCUGGAUCACUUUAAGGGAACUGUGUUGUUUGGAUUUCUGAGUAACCAGUAAGGUAAUAAAGAAGCUGUUUUAUGCUGGCUUGGUAAAUCUAAGUAUUGGAAUAUCCACCAGUUUUAUGAGGAUUGUCUGCCCUGUUCUUUGGAGUUCACCCUAAUCGAGUGACCAUAGCUGGCCCCCACUAGGACCCCGGUCAUACUACUCCUGAUUGACACUGGUGUGAGUGAGAGGGGAAUCAGCCCCAGUGACUGCAAUGGGAGAGACUCUUGAUUGCUGUACUUUUCUUCCUUCUCCUGUUCUUCCCUGAGCGACCCCCCCACCCUUUUGUGGUCAUUUGUCUUGCUUUGUGCGAUUAGUGAGAGAAAAAGGGAUGAAGCAGCGGAGGGAAGAUGAGAGUUUCUUUAAUUUUCCUCCUAGUUGGAAAUGUCUGCUUGAUGGACAUUCCAGGCACGUGGGCCUUCGGUUUGCAUAAGAGGCCAGGACUACCCUACAAAAUUAAGUCAACCUAAUUCACAUUGGUGUACAGCCCCCACAGCAAUUACACUGCACUUUGCUCCUUGUGUCAGCAAUGCGCGUCCUCACCGGGAGCAGUUGUACCGAUCGUACUGUCAGCAUGGGGCAUUGUGGGAUUGCUCCUGGAGGCCAGUAGCAGUCCAUGGAAGCAAUGAAGUGUCUACACUGACACUGAAUUAACCUAACUACAUCAGGCCUGACUCUAUGCUGCCCAUGGAGGUGGAGUUAUUAAGUCGCCAUAGCAGGGCACUUUAAUCAGCGGGAGCGAAAUUUUAAUGUAGACACUUUCAUAGUUAGGUCAAUGUAAGCUGCCUUACGUAAACUGCCUAACUCUGUAAUGUAGACCAGAGAGAGACAGAGAGAGCGCAUACUGCCAGCGUCUGGGUACCAUGCUGGAGGCUGAAAGCAAAGAAACUAUUAUCUCCUUUUGUUUCUGGUUCCUCCUGUGUUCAGAGAAACAGGAUUUUGUAUGUCCCUUCUCAAUAAAUAAAAGUACA